AUGGAUCAAAUUUUCCAACAAACCAAAGACUACUUUGAACAAUUAGAUCAAGUCAAGGAAAAGAUUCAAUCAUGUACUCGUGAUUUGGAUGAACCUUUGGCUCUCUUGCAAGGAAUUUUCCACAAGAUUCAUCAAAAUAAGUCAAAUUAUAAGGAACAUAUCACCGAAUUGUGUUCAUCAUCCAAUCAAUACAUUCAAAAAUGUUCGGAAUCUUUGAUGAGACUCUCGGAAUCAAUUCCAGAAAAUAGUUAUUACAAGUAUUAUAAUAUGUGGCAAUAUAGACUUUCCAAUUUAUGUUCAUUGAUUGCUUUAAAGCACUUUUUGACAAAGGAUUUGGAAGAUGAUUUGGAUCACGCUUUGAUUACCAAAGAUCAAGUUGAACAAUUGUUAGGAAUUGAUAAGAUGAAGAAUUUCUAUCUUCCAUUAGAAGAUUAUUUAUAUGGAUUGUGUAAUUUAUUCUCAGAAUUGAAUAGAUAUUGUGUAAAUUGUGUAAUUAGAUUGGACUUUGCCAAACCAUUCCAAAUUAAGGAAUUUUUGACUCAACUCUAUGAUGGUUUUAAAUUAUUGAAUUUAAAGAAUGACUCACUCAGAAAACGAUUCGAUGCUAUCAAGUAUGAUGUAAAGAGAUGUGAAGAAAUUGUCUAUGAUUUAUCAAUCAGAGGAUUAAACCCAAGUGGCAAAUCAGUUAAUAUCAGUGCUGAUAUUAAUCCAAUAACCAAAAAUUUGGAUGAUAAUACCAUGCAACAAGAUCAAUAA